GGACGACCUCUUGGACGACCUCCACUGCCAGGGCUUUGAUUACGCUGUGUUGCACUCGCAGCCGGGCCAAACAAAAUGGCGACAACUCGAAUUCUAAACAGUGCAUCGUCCCUGCUGUGCGCCAUGCGCACAAGCCCGCGGUUGGACAUGGCAAGACGGCACGUCCACCGACCGCUCGCUGCAGACUGGUCUUCACCGCCUGCUAUCUUAUCGAACCUGGUGCCGAUAGUGAUUGAACAGACGGGCAGAGGAGAGCGGAGCUAUGACAUUUUCUCGAGAUUGCUCAGAGAACGUGUUAUCAUGUUGUACGGUCCAAUACGGGACAACGACUCUGCGCUGACCGUCGCGCAAUUGCUCUUCCUCGAGGCAGAAGAAACGUCGAAGCCAAUUCACUUGUACAUCAACUCCCCAGGUGGGAGCGUCACCGCCGGACUCGCUAUCUAUGACACAUACGUUUCCUCGCCCAUCCACACGUACUGCGUUGGUCAAGCGUGUUCGAUGGGUUCCCUCCUUCUGGCCGCGGGAGAGAGGGGCAAGCGACAUGCCCUCCCGAACUCUACCAUCAUGAUUCACCAACCUUCGGGUGGGGCUUCUGGUCAGGCUUCCGACAUCGCCAUCCACGCCAAGGAGAUUCUCCGCGUGCGAGAGCAGCUCACGCGCAUCUAUCAGAGGCACUGCAACAAGGAGGGCGAGAGUGUCGACGAAGGCGUCAAGCGCUUCGAGCUUGCAUUAGAGAGGGAUUACUUCAUGACAGCACAGGAAGCGUUCGAGUUUGGGAUCGUGGACAAGGUGCUCGAAAAGCGGCCGAAGCUGGACACCGCGAUAUAGAUACUCCACAAUCUGUACCCGUACUGACUUCGCAUCGUGGCUAUGACGAUGAGACUAACGUUCCCGUA